ACGUAGAAAUCAUAAUGUCGACAUAUUGCCUUGUGCUUGUGAGCACCGAGACGCCUUAGAGCGGCUUAGACGCGCUUUUCUCGUCGGGAAAAAUACAAAUAGCGGCCGUUUCACGUGCGCGAGUCUCUUGGUUUUUCCGCAGGAAACGCAGAUUUACCGCUAAACCUGUCGGUUUUGUUCUCAUCGCUCUUCAAAAUAGUUAUUCAGCACCACCAUAUAAGUUGAUGCUUGGUUUUUUAGCAAUGGUAACGGAGAGGUAAAUAAUGGCUCGGCUGCACGUCAGACCAGCCCGUUCAGUUCAGAAGAACCAGGGAGAGUGACAAGGACGGGGAGAGGGAGAAAGAAAGGGGAGGGGAACUGACAUUAAAGCAACACAACAAGGAAACUACACUGCAGAGCCACAGACGCCUUCAUUUUAUGUUUUUGAAUAAUAGCCGGAGCUAGUGAGGCGAAGUGUCUCAGUGAAAGGCAGCCCCCGGAGAGCUCCAGCUUCAAGUGUCCGGGGAGAAAGCGGCUUUUGGACCGAACUGGAUUUAAAGGCGCUCUCCGUCGCUUUCACAGGCAUGGGAUCAGAACCACCAGGUUCCCCGCAGGUGGUGGAGGAUGGAGGCGAGGAGGAUGAGGAGGAGCUGAGUGGAGGCGAGGAGGCAGAGUUUCGGUCCAGCUCUGGAAGGGGCUCCCUGCUGACACGGAGGGGCAUCACCCUGAGAGUCCUGCUGAAGGACGGGCUGGUGGAGCCUGGAGACGGCGUGUUGGCCAUCCACUACUUGGGCAAGAAUUUUGUUGGGGAUCUGCUGAACGAUGGCAAGAUCCGAUGGGUGGAGACGGGUCAGAUCUUCAACUCCCCCAGCGCCUGGGCGACACACUGUAAGCGUCUGGUGAACCCGGCCAAGAAGUCCGGCUGCGGCUGGGCGUCCGUGCGCUACCGGGGGCAGAAGCUGGCUCAGUACAAGACCACCUGGCUGCACAAGUAUCAACCCAGCGCAGACAUGAGCAUGGUGAGUGAGGAAGAUGAUGACGAGGAUGAGGAGGAAGGGAAGGCAGCCGUGCAGGCCGAUGAGAAGAACAAGAACAACAAACCUGACGUAAUGGUUUCACGUCGAGCUGACAGGGAGAGGAUUCCCGUCAGAUAUUGCAGCUUAGGCACCAGGGAUGCAGCCAGAGAUCCACACACGCUUGUGGAGCUGUCGGCGUUCUCGGCCAUCAACAGAUUCCAGCCAUUCAACGUAGCCGUCUCCAGUAAUGUUCUGCUGCUAAUGGACUUCCACUGUCACCUGACCACCAGUGAGGUGGUAGGGUACCUCGGAGGGCGAUGGGACACAAACACACAAUUGCUGACAGUCCUAAGGGCUUUCCCCUGUCGAACCAGGCUGGCAGACAGAGACACCGCGUCAGCUGUUGAAGAGGAGAUCUGUCAGAACCUGUUCAUGCGUGGGUUGUCAUUGGUGGGCUGGUACCACAGUCACCCGCGAGGUCCCGCCCUGCCGUCCCUGCAGGACAUCGACUCCCAGAUGGAUCACCAGCUGAGGCUGCAGGGCUCCAACAACGGCUUCCAGCCCUGUUUGGGCAUCAUCUGUGGGCCGUAUUACCACGGAAACCAAGGCGUGGCAUCCACAAUAACGCCGUUCUGGGUCGUACCGCCACCUGAGCAAAGGCCUAAUGACUACGGCAUCCCUGUCGCUGUGGAAGUCACUUACGUACAGGACAACUUUCUCACCAGCGAUGUUCUCAAUGAGAUGAUGCUUCUGGUUGAUUACUACAGGAUGGCGCCCGAUCUGGUCCAGUUCAACCAGUACUGGUGUCCUGAGACCACCAUGCUGGACAAGGUUAAGGGCUCUCUGAGUUGCCACGCCCCCAAAGACCAGGCCUACUCGCAGAUCUUAGAGCAUGUCUAUAGUCAGCUGAGCACCACGCACUGAGGUCUGAUCUGCACGUGUGACGCGAUUGCCCUCCGUCUAGAGUCGCUGCAUUUCAAACGCCGUCACUGACUUGACCGAUUUGAAGUUAAAUUCUGCUUGAAAAAUACAAAGAUGUCUUGGAUGAUCUCAUGCUUGAGUGACAAUUUUUAUAUAGCAUUAAACACACUUCCUGGACCGGACGGGUGCUAGAUAUGUGAACGUAGCUGCUGUUUGUGGUUGAGCUGCAUUUUAUAAGGAUAGAAAUAAAAAUCGAACCAAACACGAUCCAAUAAAAAAAUUAAAAAAAAUAUUUAACUGGACACUAUAUGGACAGUAGAAGACCUUUGGCUUGUCAAAAAUGGACCUACGUACUGACUUGUGACUUUAUCUGAACUUAUGCUCAGAUAUUAAGAUAUGGAUGAUUAGCACUGUUAAAUGUCUUGUAAUUGCCUUUAUAGACUCAGUGGGGAUAGUAGUUGUGGGUACGCAGUGAAUAGUGAAACAUACACCAACAAUGUAUGCAAUGGUAUCGGUGUUUGACCUAAACACUACUCUGCAGUAGAUCCCUUUUGUACUCCUGAACUCAUAUUUAAGGGUUGUGGCACGAUUGCAUCCUCUAGUUCAAUAAAACAGACGUGUUUGUGUGUUAGGUGCACUGUAUCGUGAACGUCUUCUUAUCAGGUUGUGUGGAACAUGAGCACUCUUUGCUAAGACAGAUAUUUGCUUCCUCUUGAACUGUACUGUAUUUAUUACUAACUGUUGACUACGUGGUUUACAUGUAUGCGGACAGAGCUAUGCCUUAAGCCUGCUGAUUGGUGACCCACUAAGGAUUAAAAUAUACACACUGGAACCAUUUAAA